AUGUACAAUCAGACCACAGUGAAUGAAUUUAUCCUAACAGCCUUACCAGCCCUCCAGAACCUCCAGACACUUCUCUUCAUGGUCCUCCUGCUCAGUUACUUGCUCACACUCACUGGAAACAUGGUCAUCAUCGCCCUGAUCUGGGCAGACAGCCGCCUCCAAACACCCAUGUACUUCUUCCUCAGCAACUUGUCCUUCUUAGACAUUUUAUAUACCUCCUCCGUGACCCCCAAGCUGCUGGACUGCCUCCUCUGGGGCAGGAGAACCAUUUCCUUUGCCGGCUGCAUCGCCCAGACCUACUUCUUCUUUUUCCUGGGUACAGUGGAGUUCAUUCUACUGGCAGGAAUGUCCUAUGACCGCUACGUGGCCAUCUGCAACCCCCUGCGCUACACCAUCAUCAUGAACAACCAGGUGUGUCUCCUGCUGGUGCUGGGGUGCUGGCUGGGGGCCUUCCUGUCUGUGCUCUGCCCCACCAUCGUGGUGUCCAGGCUGCCUUUCUGUGGCAGGGAGAUCAGGCACUUCUUCUGUGACAUCGCCCCACUGCUCCAGGUGGCUUGUAUCAACACUCAGCUCAUAGAGAUGAUCAACUUCCUCCUGUCCACCCUGGUACUCCUCACCUCACUCUUCCUCACCAUGAUGUCCUACACCUACAUUAUAUCGACCAUCCUGCGCACCCCCUCUGCCCAGGGCCGCCAGAAAGCCUUCUCCACCUGUGCCUCUCACCUAAUAGUUGUCUCCAUCUCUUAUGGUAGCAAUAUCUUUAUGUACGUGAGGCCCAGUCAGAAUCAUUCCCUGGAGUUUGACAAGGUGACAGCUGCUCUUACCACCAUGGUAACCCCUCUCCUGAACCCCUUCAUCUACAGUCUAAGGAACGAGAAGGUGAAGCAAGUUUUGAAGGACUCAGUUGACAAAAUGAAAACCUUCUUUCAUAAGAGAGUUUGA